AUGAAUGGUCUUGAACGGGGCGUGCAGUGUUUGCUGCUGCUGCUGCUGCUGCUGCUUCUGGCAACAGCAGCAACAAAUUGCAGCUUUGCUGCUGCAGCCGAGGAUGAUGAGUUGACGGGGGUUUCUGAGGGGCCCUCCCAAGCAGCAGCAGCAGCAGCAGCAGCAGCAGCAGCAGCAGAUGAUGAUGAAGAAGAUGAUGAAGAUGACGGUAGGGAUGAAGACCUCUUUGCUGAGGCAGGCCCUUUGGGAGGAGGUGAAUUUGCUGCUGCUGCUGCUGCUGCUGCAGUAGAACCUGGAGGAGGAGCAGCAGCAGCAGCAAAUUCAGCAGCAGUUGCAGCCUCUGGUGCAUCAGCCAGAAACAGGGACGUAGAAGCAGCAGCAGCAACAGCAGCAGCAGGAGACCCAUCGGAGCGUGGCGAUGAUGGUUUGUUGCAGCGUCAGGAUACAGCAGCAGCAGCAGCAGCUGCUGCUGCUGCUGCAGCAGAAAUGGAAGCAGCAUCAAUGCAGCUUGGCGGCUUAGCAGCUCAAACAAAGCUGAUGCUGCUGUCAAAUAGAGAGAAUGAUGCAGAUAAGACGAAGAAGCAGCACCAGCAGAACAGAAUUUAUUUAGGGCGUAUGAAGCAGACACUCGAUAAAGAAUUAGAGAAGUAA